AAUGAGAGAUCCAUUAUCAGACCUACAAGAGCUUUGCGAGCUACUUCAAAACUAUAUAAAUUUAAUAGAAGCAGACAAAGAUAUUAAAUACUUUGAUCCUAUUAAAAGUGGUGUUAUUUGCGUCUACAAUCUAGAUGCUAAACUAAAGAGAAAAAUAUUCAAAGGACAUAUGGACUAUCUGUCAAAAAAAAUAUCUCUUCCAGUUAAUGAUGCUAAGAUGGGUUUUAUGUGUGCACAUAAUUGA